AUGGUUCUGAAGGCAUCACUCACCAAAGAAACAUCCUUCACCAUAUUCCUGCUGUUGAUAAUCCUCCUCGGCGUGAUGUUCUUCUUCCAGAAUCUUUCCAGUCAACUUCACAGCAAGAGUGAUAACACCAACGUCUGGAACGAUCACGGUCAGCUUUUCAGUAAACAAAUAAGAGAGCUGCAAGAGGAUUACCAGAGGACAUUGGUGUUAUUGAACAAACUCUUCUGCGAGGCCAAGAUGGUGCUGCCCUCUGGUGGGUACUGCUUAAACAAGUAUGAGCUCAUUGUUGGUGGGAACAGCAUGUGGAGUGCCAAGCUGUGUGCGGGUCUGGAGACACUCUUCGGGAACUCCACAGUGGCUGACCUCGGCGCUGGCCUGGGUCACUACGGCAGAUGCUUCCUACGUAACACAGAAGGCAUGUUGGUCCACUCCAACACGAAAGACAUCGAUUUUUUGAACACAGAAUACCACAAAAAAAUGGAAGAGGCCGGGCUUAAUGGAACUCCACAGGUCAUAAAAUCAUGGAACGGAUGGGACGGAGCGGCAAAUAUUGAUGAGUUUACUAAAGGGAAGAUAGCAUCUGUGGACCUUUCGAAUCCUGUCAACCUCGGGGAGCCUUUUGACUGGGUGUUGAGCCUUGAGGUGGGCGAACACAUCCCUAAGUCAGGAGAGAAGAAUUUUAUAGACAACCUCGUUAAACAUUCGUGUGUUGGUGUGGUGUUGUCGUGGGCCGUGCUGGGACAAGGGGGACACGCCCAUGUCAACUGCCACUCCAAUGACCACGUCAGAAAGGAAAUGCUCGCCCGGGGUCUAGUAACAGAUGAGGUGGCCGAGGAGAAGCUGAGAUCUUUGGUCGAUAUCUCAUAUUUCAAGAACAGUCUUAUGGUUUUCAAGUAUCCGAAGAAGAGGUGUUGAGUCCCAAUGUUCCCUGCCCAUGAACAUUCUCCAUAAAUGUAUAAUCAUUUUUUUCCCUUGUUCCUCUUCCUAAGUCAUAUAUCCUCUGGCCUCAGAGUAAUGUAUUCACGAUUAUAUCCAACACAAUAUAUAUACACACCGAGAGGUGUAUCUCUUUCAGUGUAUUUAUACAGAGUUUGUACGUGUAUGGUGUACAAUACCGACAUGAUGAAUUACACACAUAUGCGAAACGUCUACA